AUGACCUCCAUCGUGCCGCUGAAGGAGAGGAGGCUGGUGGAUGUAAAACUGGGGGAGCCGCCCAGCUGGAUCCUGAUGCAGGACUUCACCCCAAGCGGCAUCACAGGAGCGUUCCAGCGAGGCUCCAAGAAGUACGUCAACGUGAAGAAGGGGAGCAUUGCUGGGCUGUCCAUGGUGCUGACAGCUUACGUGGUGUUCAGCUACUGCCUUUCUUACAAGGAGCUCAAACAUGAACAAUUAUGGAAGUACCACUAA